CGGCAGCGUGUUUGCCAAUUUGUCAUCAAUGUCAUUGUCAGAGGACAAAAUAUGCAAUUUUGUAAACUUUGUUUCUACUAGAUUACUUUUGUUAUUAUUAUAAUCAUAAUUUGGUAUUAUUUCAUUCAUUACAACAAGGCUUUUUAUUUAGUGCUGUUUAUGUGUAGAAAUAAACUAGUAAGCAGGAUAUUAGAUGGCGUUUCCGCAGCCUAACGCACAGAGAGAACUGACGAAUAGGAAAAUUUUAGAAGAAUUGCAACUAAAGAAACAGAUGCUGCUGAAGCAAGGUGCAGUGGCUCCGCUAACCGCCACCUCUAUAUCGCUGACACAGCCAAACCCUGUCAGCCAGUUGCCUAUGUGCUCUAUCCCUCCAGUUUCAGCCACUGCUGGAUUCCCUCAACUACCUGAAGCCAAUAUAGUAAAUACAAGCCAUAGAGCAGCCUUACAACACGCAAACGCCACAUCUUGUGGCUUCUUCGUCUCCCAGGACUCCUCAUUUGGAAACCAGAUACUCCCUGUACUACCAAGGUUUGAUAACAAGUGAAAGGAGAGAUAAUGUCAGCUUUAAUGAAGCUGAAGACCCUACAAGGUCAUUUAGAGGGUCUAAAUGGAUUUGAGAAUCCAAAAAUUAAAUUUGAACAAUAUGAAACUCCAGCUCAUCUUGCCGCCACUGCUCUAUACACUAUUCAGACCCAGUUUGGAUCUAUAGAAAACUGCACAGUUCUCGACGCUGGCUGUGGACCUGGCAUUUGGAGUAUUGGUGCAGCUCUCCUGGGAGCCAGCAUAGUGACAGCUGUAGAUAUUGAUGAUGAUGUGCUGCAAGUGUUCAAGGAAAAUGUGGAAGACAUGGAAUUGACCAAUGUUGAUGCUGUACAGUGUGAUUUUCUAGAUCCUAGAAUAGCAAGAUGGGAGGGAUAUUUUGACACAGUUCUUAUGAACCCACCAUUUGGCACAAAGAACAAUGCUGGUAUUGAUAUGAAGUUUCUCCGUAUGGGUACUCUGCUCAGCUGCAAUAGUGUGUACUCCUUACACAAAUCGAGCACUAGGCAACACAUACAAAAGAAGAUAAAGGAUUGGGAUAUGCAAGGGAAUGUCAUAGCUGAGAUGAAAUAUGAUUUGCCAGCAACAUACAGGUUCCAUAAACAGAAAUCAAUGAACAUAGCAGUAGAUAUAUGGCGAGUAUAUCAUGCACAAUAAGUAAAUACAAUGUAUAGUUAUUCAAUAGUUAGUUAAACAAAGAAAAUGGUUUUUACUGUGAUGUACACGUAUAACUUCUAAAUGACUGCAUAAAAUUGUCGAGAAAAGCUAUUCCAAAAGAAAUCUAGCUUAGGAAAUAAAAAUAUUCACCUUUCUCUUCAUUUAUACAAUUAAGUCAAAGCAUUUUAAGUAAAAUAGUGUAAUUACUUUUUAAUUAUAAUCUCUUCUACAUUAACUUUAAUGUAUGUAUUUACUUUUAUAAAGAAGAAUGAAGUCGUAAUUUUUAUCUUAUAAAUAACAACAAUGGACUGACAAAGAAAACUUAAACGAAUACAUGAAUUAGUUUUUAAACAUGUUUUUUUUAUUUUAUUCAGUAAUUAAAUUCGUCAGUCUUAUCGUACAAUGUUACUUAUAUUUUUAUAUGAAGAUGUUGAGAAAUACUGAGUGAGUACUUGUACAGUGACGGUUAGCGUAAAUACAAUAAAAAGGGAACUUAUAGCUAUGUUUCGAUGACUAUGAAACUUAUUCGUCUCCGAAUUUAAUGUUUUGCGCCAGUUUGAUGGUUCCGGAGUAGUUAAUAGUGACUGUGGAGCGUCUCAUGUAGUUCUUCCAAGAGUCGGAACCACAUUCCCGGCCACCGCCAGUCGCCUUCUCGCCUCCGAAGGCACCUCCGACUUCUGCGCCGUUUGUGGGGAUGUUCACGUUGACAAUACCGCAGUCUGAGCCGUGAGGUCCAAUCCACUGUGGAUGUAAAAUAAUUGCAAUUGGCUAUUAAGAUAAUAAAAUUAC